CGGGCGGCGGCCGGCGGGGGGCGCGGAGGAUGGCGGCGUCGGCGGCGCCGAUCCUGAGGGAGAGCCCCAGGUAGCCGAGCCGCCGAGCACGCGUGGUAACGUUGUGAUGGCGCCGACAGGCCCGCGCGAGGAUGUCCCUGCUGCCUGGGCGCCGGGGCGGGCCGGCAUGAAAAAAGCAGUGUCACUGAUAAAUGUGAUAGAUAUAGGAAGAUUUCCACGAUUGCUCACUCGGAUUCUUCAAAAACUUCACUUGAAGGCUGAGAGCAGUUUCAGUGAAGAAGAGGAAGAAAAACUUCAAGCUGCAUUUUCUCUAGAGAAACAAGAUCUCCACCUGGUUCUUGAAACAAUAUCAUUUAUUUUAGAACAGGCAGUGUAUCACAAUGUGAAGCCAGCAGCUUUGCAGCAGCAGUUAGAAAACAUCCACCUUACACAAGACAAAGCAGAAGCCUUUGUGAAUGCUUGGUCUUCCAUGGGUCAAGAAACAGUCGAGAAGUUCAGGCAGAGGAUUCUUGCUCCCCACAAGCUGGAGACUGUUGGAUGGCAGCUUAACCUUCAAAUGGCUCACUCUGCUCAAGCAAAACUGAAAUCUCCUCAAGCUGUGUUACAACUAGGAGUGAGCAGUGAAGAUUCAAAGAACCUGGAGAAAGUUCUUGUGGAAUUCAGUCACAAGGAGUUGUUUGAUUUCUACAACAAGCUAGAGACCAUACAAGCACAGCUGGAUUCCCUUACAUGAUGUUUUUGAAGACUGGUUUUUCCAUCACACUCCUGCCACUUCAUUAUUUUGCAUUGAAGAUAGAUUGCCAGGUUGUGUUUUCUGAAGGAUUCAGUGGCUUUUCUUUCUGUAAAUUAUAUGGCUUAUCAUGUCUUAGACAAAUAUCAGCCAAGGGAGAUCAUUGUUAGCAGUACUGAGGUUCUAAUAUACUUUCUCCAGUUCUGUGAGGCAACAGCAAUUGUUAAGAAAACUUUUGCUUUACAGGGAACAAAAGUGAACAUCAUACUGUUUUUGCUGUCAUACUGUUGCUUUAUUACCUAACCUGCUUAUUUUUACAUGCUUGAUGACAACUUUAUAUAUCAAGGAGGAUCCAUGGAUACAAAGUGUAACGUGUACCUAGCAGAAUACAGAGCUUUGGUAAUUACGUUAAUAAAAUUAAGAAAAUAGCCAUAUGCAAUCAAAUAUGUUAUGAUAUUUUUCCUUGAAUGUGAUAUUUUGCCUGGGAAAUAAUAUAGGAAAUAAAUUUAAAUUAAAGUUAAUAGUAACAAUGUAUCACUUAGUUCCAGGGUGAGCUUCUCUGUUAAUUUUUUCUGUAAGUCCAAUGAUUGAUUAAUUAAUGGUUUUAUGUGUUAUUCUUUAUACUUCAAAUUAAUAGUGAUUCAUAGUGUAGGAGACAGAUUCAGAUCAUGAAUAAAAAUAAUUGUAAUCAGUUCUAAAUGGGCACCUUUAUUUAAAUUGGUAACUUUUACACUUUCUGUAAAUAUGUUAAUUGAUUUCAGCCAAUAAAAUGUGGUUUUUUAGGGUUAGUUGGA